UCCUGCUGUAACUAUGUGGUUCCUCCUACUACUCAUUUAUGCUUCUUCCAAACAGCUGCCCGCCAUUCAAGGGCAAAGGUUAGUUCUGAGAAAUGGGUCCGGUCCAUGCGAGGGCAAGAUUACCAUCUACAAAGGUGCAUGGGGUAUGGUCGGUACCCAGAAAUGGAACAAAACAAAUGAAAACGUAAUCUGCAAGAGCAUCGGCUGUGGGGAAUCAAAACACUCCAUAGAUUACUAUUAUUCUACAAAGGUGAAAAAUGAAAUACCUGUGUGGAUGGACGAGGUGGAAUGCAAAGGAAAUGAGGAAAAUCUAUGGGACUGCGCGUUUCCAGGGUGGGGAAUCGCAACCCAUAAAACGCUUAUAACAAAGAAAAUCACAUGUUCAGAUAAGAUUGAUCUUUACCUUGAGAGUGAACCUGGAUAUGAAUGUGCUGGAGCUGUGAAAUAUAACAGAACCUCAACCUCAGGCUUAACAACAACCGGCUACUUUUGUCAUUCAAAAUGGGAUAAAAAACAUGCUAACAGUGUGUGUAAACAUCUCAGAUGUGGCGAAUCUAAGCGUCUCCCACUACCUGGAACGUUUUCAAAAAGUGAUAAUAAUGCAGAGUCAAAAAGAAUUCAGUGCAGUGGCGACGAUACGGAACAUCUCUGGCAGUGUGACCUCAAGGAUGAUGUAAAAUGCACAGAACAUGUUGCUGUGAUUUGCUCAGAACAUUUCAACCUUCGUCUAAAAGGUGAAAGGAAUGCCUGUGUUGGAAAUUUGGAGGUUGAGGUUGACGAUGAUUGGAUACCUGUAUGCCAAAGCAAAAAUGCUACCCAAAUACUGACGGAAUUCACGCCGGCUACUAUAUGCAAGAACAUGGGGUGUGGCACACCCCUAAGUAAUGACCAAAUACAAUGUGUUGAUAACCAAAAUAUCACACUGAACUGUUCAGAUCAAAUAAGCACAGUCCUCUUAGUUAACGGUAAUGUCGAGAGCAAGUGUUUUGGAUCAGUUCACUUCAACAUAAGUAGAAACAAAACAAACACCAUGGAGGCUGUAUGUUAUGAUAAUUGGAAUAAGGAGAAUGCAAACGUUGUCUGCAAAGAGCUCGGUUGUGGAGAAGUUAUAUCCUUCAGAGAGGAUUAUCAAUACAAGGAUGGAAAGUACCAAAAAGUAGAUUGCAAAAUAUCUGACACUUCACUGUGGCACUGUCUGGCCAUGCACAAACCAAAGAAAUGCAAAACAGCAUAUGUCAUAUGCUCAGGUAGUGUUGACGUGCGGUUGUCAGAUGGCCCAGGAAGAUGUGCGGGAAGAGUCGAGAUUCAGUAUGAGAACACAUGGAAGAGUGUGAAAACGUCAAACUGGAAAGCUGAGAAUUCUAAAGUAAUGUGCAGUCAUCUUGGAUGUGGUUAUGAUAAGGUUCCUGGAGACCAAUUCAUUGAAGGAAAAAGUCCAGUAAUGACCCAGGAAUUGACAUGUGACAGUACAUCAAAAUCAAUCUCUCAAUGCAUCAAGCAAAAGGAAACCAAGAAAAAUGAGAAAAAUGUGAAAAAUCAGAUGUUAGUCUGCGAAGGUCAUAAGCUGGUGUUUCUGAUGGGUAACUCUUCCUGCUCCGGGACGGUGGGCAUAGAACAAAAUGAAAAAGGUUAUUGGCUGUCCAAUGACACAUGGCAUCAUGAAACUGCUACAGUGGUGUGUAAACAGAUGCACUGUGGGAACGCUACGAAAGCUGCCUUUGUAAAUGUUGAUACUGCUGAAGAAAUCCUUAAUAGGUGGAAUCACUCUUACGACUGCUCGUCGACUGAGAAGUCCCUCUUUGAAUGCAAAGAGUCAAGCAGUGCAGGCAAAAGUAUGGCCUAUGUCGAAUGCUCAGGUUAUAAAACUGUAGGCCUCAUACCUAAAGGGGAAUGUUGGGGGAAGGUGGAAGUGUGCAUCGAGGGAGAGUGUGGAGGCGUUUGUGAGGACGCCUGGGACGAAUUUAGGUCCAACAAGUUGUGUGAAGAACUGGGUUGUGGUGUGUCAGUCGGUUCUCCGUCGGACCUGAAGAGACAACCCGGGGUGACCAUCAGCAGCAUACACAUUCCCCAGAACAAGGUUACAAAUCAGUCCAACAUGGUUAGAAAUGAUGGGUCUUAUUGUCAGGACAGGCCAGCCUAUGUUUUCUGCUCAGGAAGUGUGAAGGCCAUGCUACAAGACAACAGAGAUACAUGCUCAGGCAACUUACAGUUGUUCUACCAAGGAGACUGGCGCUUUGUCUGUAAUAAUGCUCUUAAGCACCAAAAUGUCAAAAACACAAUCUGCCAGGAAUUGGGUUGUGGAAAUGCUACAGAUUUAAUACCUUUUUUUAAUUCUCCUGCUCAAUGGACUGGAAAUGAUGUGGCAAGUCUCACCUGUGAAACUAACUCUCUAUCAGAGUGCAAAGUGAUAGUUGAGAAAACCCAAUGUGAGCGUAUUGGUCUCAGAUGCUCUGGAUGGAAACGAAUGAUGUUGGUUAAAGGAAAGGGGGCCUGUGAAGGGCAGGUGGUUAUGUACGACAGCACAAUUGUUGCAGCUGUCAGCUCUCAUAACUGGACUAAGGAAGAGGCUGGGGUGCUGUGCAGAUCUCUGGGCUGUGGGGACUACAAAAACCAUUCAGCUAAAGAAAAUCCUGGUGACAUUGAGUUCAGCUGUAAAUACAAACCAAACAGAAGAAACAACUGGGACUGUGAGAUAAAUGAAAAACCCACUGAGAACAUGAUGGUUUAUGUUGAGUGUGAUGAUGCUUUCAGUGUAACACAAAGUUACCAUUGCACUGGGCAGGUAAUAUUAAAUGGCAUGGAGGUCUGUGCUGAUAAUUGGGAUGAAUGGCAUUCCAAAAUAACAUGUUCGGAUCGUCAGUGUGGGAGCAGCGUCCAAUACACCGAAGUCCCACCUGGUCAGACCGGUAGAGGGCAGGUUUUUGUCAGCUGCAUGGGCACUGAGUCUUACCUUGGACAGUGCAAAACAGCAAAGGGAACCUGCAAAAAAGUGGUUUCUGUGUCCUGUACAGAUGCAGUGCACAUUAAUUUCACUGAAACGUGUGGAGGAAAAAUUCAGGUAUUUCAUAAAGGAAUCCGGGAGUAUGUAUGCCCAUUAAGUACCCUGUCAUCAAAAGAAGCUGUAAUGCUUUGUGAAGAAACGAAAUGUGGCAAAGCCCAAAGAAUCACCCAGAAUCGGUAUUACGAAGAAAAACUAAAGCCGGCAACUCUCAAAUGCUAUGAUAAUGAAACAUCUCUGAAGUUCUGCUUACAGAGGACUGAAUGUAAAGAAACAGAAUCUGCUGAAAUCUACUGUUCAGGGUAUACGUUUCCAGAUUCACGGAGCCCCAACAACUUGAUCAUAGGCUUGUCCCUUGCGGCAUUUGCUCUGGUCAUGAUCAUUAUUUUUGUUCUGUUCCUACGACAACGCUUUGUAAACAGGGUCAUGUCACGAUUUUCAAAGAGAAAAGAGUCUGCUUUUGAGAGUGGAGACUAUGAGGAUGUUGAGACCAACGAAAUGUUAGGAUCAAUGGAAAUGAGAGAUGUGAAACAACACGGAUCAGACAUUGUUGGAGAAAAGGAGAAUGGCCGGCGAAGUGUUGCAUCAUCCCAGUCUUACGAUGACAUUGAGGAGGAGAGAGCCGUAACUCAACCCUCGACCAGAGGAAGAGAUGGAACUGGUAGCCCAGUCGAAGAAGCAGGACCUGCUCCUUGCAAUGAACAUGUUACUUAUGAGGUGGAGGAAGAUUCACAAGAGAGCUACGAUGAUAUUUUGUCCGAGACCAGAGAGGAGGUUGCAGAUGUCCACGAGCGACCCAAACCCAUAGACCUAGAGAUACAUGAUGAUGAGGAUUACCUGGAGCCUGAUGGCUAGGGGUAAGCAACGUUGAGCCUUCAAAUAAUCUGUUAAACAGAAUUAUUGAAGGGAAAGUAUGAAUUUCAAUAUAUGUUAGUACAUUGGCUCGAUGCAUUCUUAUGUAUGAGCGAAAUAAACGUUAUUUGCAUUUAGGAAUUAGCUUGUAAUUUUAGAAAUGUUCAUGGUUUAUUGAGUUUUAUAAAAUAGAAAAGAAAAUUCUCACACAAUAAUUUAAGAUAUUUAAUAUGUAUUAAACGUGUCAUUUAAAAAGUCUUGUCAGUGACAUCACAUGAAUCCAGUCUCACUGUUCAAUUAUUUUUUAGGAUCUCACAAUUGUUCUGAAAAACAACUGUACCUACAGAACAACAUCUCAUUACCUUUUUUAUGGCAUACACAUUAACAUCAAUUUCUUAGAAUAACUUAAAAAAAAUGUGUCUAUAUCAUUUGAUAUUGUUAUCAAAAAAGUUCAGUAUUAGAUUUUGUCGUUGUCUGUAAAGCCAACCUGACGUACCACAAAAUCAGUACUGUCUGAAACAUAAUGUUAAUAUUCAGAUCUUUCAUUAGGAAAUGCACAUGAAAUUAUUAAUUUCUUUUUCUGCAUCAAUCUUCAAAGCCAACAGCUGUUUUUCAAAAAACCUUUAUGCCAUUUUUCUUAUUAUUUUGUAGUUUUAUAUAUGUUAAAAAUGUAAUAGCAUUGAGCUGAAAUAUGUUGUUUUAAUGCUAUUUAAUAUAAAAAAAAUAUUCAUUCAGGGAUUUUGUUUCAGUUAAGUAUUUUUCUCUAUGAAAAUGUGAGUGCGGGGGCGCAUUCAAUGUAAAAUACAAAAUGUAAAGUCAACCAACUUAAAUUAGAAAAAGAAAAAGAAGUUAAUGGGAUAAAAUGAAUUACUAGUAAGAGUACGUACCCAGAUUAUUUGCUUUACAGUGUUACAUUUUAAAAUGAUGUAAUUCACUUUUUAAGAAAAUUUGAAUAUACAAAAACAUACUGUUGUGUCAAUGUCAUCUGUGUUGUAAUGAGACUGUUUUUCAUUCCUUUAUUGAUUCUGUAAUGUUUACACAAAAUGUCACAUUAUGAAAUUAUUAAAAUUAUUGUCAUUCUAUUUUUUAUAAUGGUCUUACCUACAUAAUUCUAAGGUUAACGGUGCCCUACAAAUUGCAAUUUACAGGGGUGAUAUGAAGGGAAAUAUGUAUCACAUCCUCUACGGGGUCACUACCCUCAUUCACCUCACCACCUCACCAACUGUCUGACCACGCCCCUCAUCACCUGAAUACUAGUCACCUGUGUUUGUUACCACCUGUAUUCACUCAGUCACCAUAUAUUCUGUUUUGUUUCCACCUUUCAGGUGUGAGGUAUUGAUUGUUUCGUGCAACAUACUAAGCAUGUUUAAGAUUCCAAGUUAAUAGUUAUUUACGUGUACCAGACGUUGUUCCUUAUUUUGACCACCUCUGUUAACUUAGCCCUUCUUGUACCUUUGCUGUUUUUGCCUUAAUGUGCCUUUGACUUUGUGUUGGUUUUUGGACCGUGUUAAUAAAUCUAAGAGUACGCUGUGCUUGGAUCUGCAA